ACUCAACUCUCUCUCUCUCUUCUCUCUCUCUCUCUCUCUCUCUACCCAACCUUUCCACCUUCCUUUCCAUCUUCCUAUUUGACCCCCAAAAUUCUGAUACCACUUUCCAUAGUUUAACCUGCAGUACCCCAUUCCUUGAAAUCUCAUCACCACCCAGGUUCAGCCCAGAACAGAGAAUAUAUAAAUGACUUAGAGAGAGAGAGAGAUGGAGAUGGAAGAAUCACCAGGUGAAGAAAUCAGAGCUCCUCUCAUAUCCAAGAAUGGGGACUCGAUCAACCCCGCCGCAUCAUCCUCCUCGCCCUCUCUGGAUCGGGUCGUCGAGGAGCCGGAGGAGAACUCGCCGGUCCCACAGGUGGCACUGACGGUGCCGACCACUGACGACCCGUCCCUCCCAGUGCUCACCUUCCGGAUGUGGGUCCUUGGGACGGUGUCGUGCGUGCUGCUCUCGUUCCUCAACCAGUUCUUCUGGUACCGGACCGAGCCGCUCACCAUCACGGCCAUCUCGGCGCAGAUUGCCGUGGUGCCGCUCGGCCGGCUCAUGGCGGCGAGGAUCACGGACCGGGUGUUCCUCAAGGGGACCCGGUGGGAGUUCACGCUGAACCCGGGCCCGUUCAACGUGAAGGAGCACGUGCUCAUCACCAUCUUCGCCAAUUCCGGCGCCGGCACGGUCUACGCCAUUCACGUGGUCACGGUGGUGAAGGUGUUCUACAAGAGGCACAUCACCUUCUUCGUGUCAUUGAUUGUGGUCAUCACAACCCAGGUGCUAGGGUUCGGAUGGGCCGGUAUCUUCAGGAAAUACUUGGUGGAGCCAGCGGCUAUGUGGUGGCCGGCCAACCUCGUCCAGGUCUCUCUUUUCAGGGCGCUUCACGAGCAAGAGGAGCGGCCGAAGGGUGGCGUGACGCGGACCCAGUUCUUCCUGAUCGCCUUCAUCUGCAGCUUCGCAUACUACGUCUUCCCCGGCUACAUCUUCGAGAUGCUUACCUCCCUAUCCUGGAUCUGCUGGAUCUUCCCCAAAUCCAUCCUGGCCCAGCAGCUCGGCUCGGGCCUCUACGGGCUCGGGAUCGCAGCCGUCGGGCUGGACUGGUCCACCAUCUCUGCCUACCUCGGGAGCCCGCUGGCCAGCCCGUGGUUCGCCACCGCCAAUGUGGCAGUAGGCUUUGUCUUCGUGAUGUACGUGCUGACUCCGAUCUGCUAUUGGCUCAAUGUGUACAAGGCCAAGACGUUCCCGAUAUUCUCGGACGACCUGUUCACUUCUACUGGCCAGGAGUACAACAUCUCGAGCAUCAUUGACUCCAAUUUCCACCUUGAUCUCGCGGCGUACGAGAAGGAAGGACCUCUCUACCUCAGCACGUUUUUCGCCAUGACUUAUGGGGUUGGCUUUGCUUCACUCACUGCCACCGUCGUUCACGUCCUUCUCUUCCACGGAAGGGAGAUUUGGGAGCAGAGUAAGGCAAGUUUCCAAGAGAAGACAGCUGAUAUACACACAAGAAUGAUGAGGCGCUACAGGCAAGUCCCGGAGUGGUGGUUCUGGUGCAUCCUGGUGGCGAACAUUGCAGCCACCAUCUUUGCCUGCCAGUACUACAACAGUCAACUUCAACUCCCGUGGUGGGGCGUCUUGCUGGCUUGUGUGAUCGCCAUCGUCUUCACUCUUCCCAUCGGCAUCAUCACUGCCAUCACGAAUCAGACUCCAGGGUUGAAUAUCAUCACCGAGUACAUAAUCGGGUAUAUUUACCCGGGAUACCCAGUCGCGAAUAUGUGCUUCAAGGUGUAUGGGUACAUAAGCAUGACUCAAGCCAUCACCUUUCUGCAGGACUUCAAGCUUGGCCACUACAUGAAAAUCCCUCCUAGAACAAUGUUCAUGGCUCAGGUAGUGGGGACUCUUAUAGCUGGGUUCGUGUACCUGGGCACGGCGUGGUGGCUCAUGGAAACGAUCCCUGACAUCUGCGAGACGACCUCCUCGAGCAGCCCCUGGACGUGCCCAAGCGAUACUGUCUUCUAUGAUGCGUCGGUGAUCUGGGGCCUGAUCGGGCCGCGGAGGAUCUUCGGCAACUUGGGCACCUAUGGGGCCAUCAAUUGGUUCUUCCUAGGAGGAGCAAUCGCACCCCUACUCGUGUGGCUGGCCCACAAGGCCUUCCCAGAACAAGAGUGGAUCGGGCUCAUCAACAUGCCGGUCCUGAUCGGGGCGACAGGGUACAUGCCGCCGGCGACGGCUGUGAACUACACGACGUGGAUCAUCGCGGGGUUCCUGUCUGGGUUUGUGGUGUACCGGUACCGGCCGGAGCUGUGGAAGAAAUACAAUUAUGUGCUCUCUGGGGCACUGGAUGCUGGGCUUGCAUUCAUGGGGGUGCUGCUGUACUUCUGCUUGGGGCUUGAGAGCGUUGAUUUGGAUUGGUGGGGGAAUGAUUUGGAUGGGUGUCCACUGGCUACAUGCCCUACUGCUGUAGGAGUUGUGGUGGAAGGCUGCCCUGUUUUCACUUGAGAGUGAGGCGGCAUCCAUCAAAAUAUUUUGUACAUAGUCUUCAAGAACGGCAAAGGAUUGAUUGGGAUUAGGAAUACAAAUCACAGAAAGUCCUCUGUGAAAGAGAAACAUUGUUGGUUCAAUAUUUCACUUUUCUUUACUGAGAUAAAGAUUCAAAGAAA